ACAAGGCGCGGUGAGGCCGUCCGAAACCAGGAGAAGAAGAAAGACAAACAAAGAGCAAAAACAAAGAAAAUAGAUAGAUAGAUAGCGAGAGAGAGAGAGCUGCUCUUCCAUCUUCGCUUGAUUGGUCGUCUCUUCCUAAAAUCAAAGUCGUCCCAUCCGAAAGAAUAAUUGGAAAAUCUGACUUCAGGAAAAUACGGAGAGCAGCAAUACACACACAGAUCGGAGAAAAUUCAAGAGACAUUUCCUAAUACCAAACAAACAGUGUCUGGAUCUUUCUUCCUUCAAUCGUCCGAUCGAUCAGUUGUUUUGGCGGAUUCGUGCAUCAACAACUCCGUUCGCAGGAUUUCUAUCUAAAUUUUUCUUGUGCCGGCGUUUGUUCCUUUUAGGUUUUUUAAUUUUGGGGCUGAGAAAAAUUUGGGGAUAUUGAGCUUGAGAGGGUCCUUCUAGGUUGUUCUCUAGAAGGAGUUGGAUCUACCGGGGACUGACUGAUCGGCCGCACGGACAGUCAUCGGAUGAGAAAGGCAUAGACGUCUCCGAAAUCCCGUCGCAAAACGAUGAAAUGGGUAACAUUGCUUAAGGACUUCAAAGAAAAAGUCGGUCUCUCCCAGGCUCCGUCCACCUCUUCCUCGCCGCCUCCAUCUUCCUCGUCGUCCAAUCGCGAUUACAAUGCCACUUCAAGCAGACAAGACUUCACCGUGUCAUCGCCUUCAAGCCGAGACAAAAUUGAAUUGGAAUUGGACUUCAAGAGACAUUGGGAAGAGUUCCGGUCAUCAAGCUCUGAAAAGGAGAAAGAAAUGGCGUUGAAUAUGACUGUGGAUAUUUUCUGUAGAUUAGUAAAGCAGCAUGCUAAUGUAGCUCAACUAAUUACCAUGUUAGUUGAGACGCAUAUAUUUUCUUUUGUAGUGGGAAGGGCAUUUGUAACAGAUAUUGAGAAGUUAAAAAUUUGUAGCAAAUCCAGAUCUUUGGAUAGUACGAGGGUAUUAAUCUUUUUUUCAGAAGUCGCCAAGGAUGGCAUCAGGCCUGGUUCAAAUUUGUUACAUGCAGUAGAAGUCCUUGUCUCUGGGCCUAUUGAUAAACAAUCUCUCCUUGAUUCUGGGAUUUUAUGCUGUCUCAUCCAUGUUCUCAGUGCACUUCUGAGUCCUGAUGAGGGUAAUCAGAAACAAAAGCUUUCUAGUCAAGAGAGCACGGUAAUGACAGAGAAAAAUCCUGAAGGCAAUGUUGAUCAAGCACGCCGGCUUGAGGUAGAAGGAAGUGUUGUGCAUAUUAUGAAAGCAUUGUCUAGUCAUCCUUCUGCUGCCCAGAGUUUGAUUGAGGAUAAUUCACUUCAAUUACUCUUUCAGAUGGUUGCUAAUGGAUCUUUGCUUGUUUUCUCUCAAUAUAAGGAAGGUCUUGUCCCACUGCAUACAAUCCAACUAUACAGGCACGCAAUGCAGAUACUUGGUCUUCUUUUGGUCAAUGACAAUGGCACAACAGCUAAGUACAUACGGAAGCAUCAGCUGAUAAGAGUGCUUCUAAUGGCCGUCAAGGAUUUUGAUCCAAAUUGUGGUGACCCUGCCUAUACUAUGGGUAUUGUGGACUUGCUACUUGAAUGUGUGGAACUGUCAUACAGACCUGAAGCUGGUGAUGUCAGGCUCAGGGAGGAUAUUCAUAAUGCCCAUGGUUACCAUUUUCUUGUCCAGUUUGCCUUGAUUCUUUCAAAAGAUUCCAGCAUUCAGACUGUAAAUGCUGAGCCUUUGUCUGGAAAUUUUUAUGCUUCGGACAAUGCUCAUGCUGUUAAUUUGGAAGGACAAAAUUCAAGUGAAAAACGAGGGGAUGACGAUGCACAAAAUCUCUCACCGGCACUUUCUAGAUUGCUUGAUGUUGUUGUUAUUUUAGCUCAAACAGGUCCCGCUGAUAAUACAGGAUUGGCUGGGUAUAGAGCUUCAAAAAGUACUCAGAACAAGCUUAGUGGGCAUAGCAGAAGUCGCACGCCUUCUUCUGACUGGCCUGCUGAUGAAGUUUGGGAAAAAGGUAAUAGUAAAGUUAAGGACCUAGAAGCUGUCCAGCUGUUACAGGACAUUUUUCUGAAAGCUGAAAGCAGAGAACUGCAGGCAGAAGUCCUAAAUAGAAUGUUUAAGAUAUUUUCCAGUCAUCUUGAAAAUUACAAGUUAUGCCAGCAGUUGCGGACAGUGCCUCUGUUGAUUCUAAAUAUGGGUGGCUUCCCAGUAUCUUUGCAAGAGAUAAUAUUAAAAAUACUUGAGUAUGCAGUAACUGUUGUGAAUUGCAUACCUGACCAGGAGUUGCUUUCACUUUGUUGCUUAUUGCAGCAACCGAUCACAUCGCAACUGAAACAGACCGUUCUUUCUUUCUUUGUAAAAUUACUGUCCUUUGAUCAACAGUACAAGAAAGUCCUGCGAGAAGUUGGUGUGCUGGAGGUUCUGUUAGAUGAUCUUAAGCAGCACAAGUUUCUUUUGGGCCCAGAUCAACCCAGUAACGACCCUGAUCAACUGGAGAGAAAAUCCACCUCAAGCUGCUUCAAAAAACAUUUGGGCAGCAAGGAUACAAUACUUUCUUCACCCAAGCUAUUGGAUUCUGGUUCUGGGAAGUUUCCUCUUUUUGAAGUUGAGGACACAAUUAUGAUUUCGUGGGAUUGUAUGGUUUCCUUGUUGAAGAAAGCAGAUGCUAAUCAAGCAGCAUUCCGUUCUGCUAAUGGUGUGACCAUUGUGCUGCCCUUUUUGGCAUCGAAUAUUCACCGUCCAGGGGUCCUCAGGGUUUUAUCAUGUUUAAUCAUUGAAGAUGUUGCACAGGCUCAUCAAGAAGAAUUAGGUGGACUUGUUGAAAUCCUCAAAAGUGGCAUGGUUACAAAUGUUUCAGGAUCUCAGUACAGACUUCCAAGUGAUGCAAAGUGUGACACCUUAGGAGCAGUAUGGCGUAUCCUGGGAGUUAAUAUUUCAGCUCAAAGGGUCUUUGGUGAAGCUACUGGGUUCUCUCUUCUACUGACUACUCUCCAUAGCUUUGAGAGUGAUGGAGAGCUUACAGGUCAAUCUUCCUUAGUGGUUUAUGCUAAGGUAUUUACCCACCUACUGCGUGUGGUGACUGCUGCAGUGUGUGAUAAUGCUGUUAACAGGUCAAAGCUGCAUUCUGUCAUAUCAUCACAAACUUUUUAUGAUCUGUUAUCUGAUUCUGGCCUGAUUUGUGUUGAAUAUGAAAGGCAAGUCAUACAGUUGUUGUUGGAACUUGCUCUUGAACUAGUUCUUCCACCAUUCUUGACAUCAGAAUCUGUGGCGACGGAUGAUAAUUUUGAAACUGGUUCAGCUGGUUUUCUUCUAACAACACCAGCAGGUUCCUUCACUCCUGGUAAUGAAAGGGUGUAUAAUGCUGGUGCCAUCAGAGUGCUCAUACGUUCACUGUUGCUCUUUACUCCUAAAAUGCAGUUAGAACUAUUGAAUUUAAUUGAGAAGCUUGCUCAUGCUGGUUCCUUCAAUAAGGAAAAUCUUGCUUCUGUAGGUUGCGUGGAACUUCUUCUCGAGACCAUAUACCCUUUUCUUUCUGGUUCCUCGCCACUAGUUUCCUAUGCUUUGAAGAUUGUGGAAGUCCUUGGGGCAUAUAGGUUGUCAGCAUCAGAAGUUCGACUACUUGUUCGAUACAUUUUGCAAAUGAGACUAAUGAAUUCAGGUCAUAGUCUUGUUGAUAUGAUGGAGAAGUUGCUUAUUAUGGAAGAUAUGGCUUCAGAAAAUGUUUCCCUGGCACCAUUUGUAGAGAUGGACUUUCGUAAGAUUGGGCAUGCAUCUAUUCAAGUGUCCUUGGGAGAAAGGUCAUGGCCUCCUGCUGCUGGUUAUUCUUUUGUUUGCUGGUUUCAGUUCCAGCAUUUCCUGAAAUCUCAGACAAAGGAAGCAGAAGCUUCCAGAACUGGACAUUCCAAGAAGCGUGGGCAGCACAAUGGGGCACAAAUCCUCCGGAUAUUUUCUGUUGGUGCUGCAGACAGUGGGAACACAUUAUAUGCGGAACUUUAUCUUCAAGAAGAUGGAGGUCUGACCCUGGCAACAAGCAACAAUUCCAUCUUGUCAUUUUCAGGGUUAGAACUGGAGGAAGGCAGGUGGUAUCACCUGGCAGUUGUUCAUAGUAAACCAAAUGCUUUGGCUGGACUAUUCCAAGCUAGUGUUGCAUAUGUUUACCUUAAUGGAAGGUUAAGACACACUGGCAAACUAGGAUAUUCGCCUUCUCCACCUGGGAAACAUCUGCAAGUGACAAUAGGGACACCAGUUACUUGUACACGAGUUGGUGAUUUGUCAUGGAAACUGCGAUCUUGCUAUCUAUUUGAAGAGGUUCUCACAUCAGGUUCCAUCUGUUUUAUGUAUAUUCUCGGUAGAGGAUAUAGGGGGCUCUUCCAGGACACAGAUCUUUUGCGGUUUGUUCCUAUUCAGGCUUGUGCUGGGGGGAAUAUGGCCAUCUUAGAUUCACUAGAUACUGACAUGGCUGUGGCUUCUAACUCACAGAGACCUGAAAGUGCCAACAGACAGGGGAGUUCUAAGGCAGAUCGCAGUGGAAUUGUUUGGGAUUUGGAAAGGCUAGGGAACCUUUCGCUACAGCUAUCCGGAAAGAAGCUUAUAUUUGCAUUUGAUGGAACAUGUACAGAAUCUUUUAGAGCUUCUGGAACCUUUUCUAUGCUUAAUUUAGUCGAUCCAAUGUCAGCUGCUGCUUCUCCAAUUGGCGGUAUACCACGCUUUGGACGUCUUCAUGGGGAUAUUUACAUCUGUAAGCAAUGUGUGAUUGGGGAUAGCAUCCGCCCUGUUGGUGGGAUGGCUGUGGUCCUUUCUCUUGUUGAAGCUGCUGAAACCAGGGAUAUGCUGCACAUGGCCCUCAUGUUACUUGCUUGUGCGCUUCACCAAAACCCACAGAAUGUGAGAGACAUGCAGAAGUAUAGGGGAUACCAUUUACUAGCUCUGUUUCUGCGUCGACGCAUGUCAUUGUUUGAUAUGCAGUCACUUGAGAUCUUUUUCCAGAUUGCUGCAUGUGAGGCUUCUUUUUCUGAACCAAAGAAGCUGGAAAAUAAUCCGAGCACUCCAACACCAGCUGUAAAUAUUCAUGAGACCAGCAUUGAGGAUCUCUCUUUAUCAAAGCUGCACGAUGAGUUUUCUUCAGUUGGAUCUCAUGGAGAUAUGGAUGACUUUUCAGCAAAUAAAGAUUCAUUUAGUCGUCUUUCAGAGCUUGAACAUGCCGACAUAUCAGCUGAAACAUCAAAUUGCAGUGUCCUCUCAAAUGCAGAUAUGGUUGAGCAUGUCUUGUUAGACUGGACUUUAUGGGUAACAGCUUCAGUUUCUAUACAGAUUGCACUACUGGGCUUUCUUGAGCAUCUGGUCUCUAUGCAUUGGUAUAGGAAUCAUAACCUGACUAUUCUCCGGCGAAUUAACCUUGUUCAGCAUUUACUAGUAACACUGCAGAGGGGUGACGUUGAGGUUCCUGUCUUGGAAAAAUUGGUUGUGCUGCUAGGAGUCAUUUUGGAGGAUGGCUUCCUGGCUUCUGAACUGGAGCAUGUUGUUAAGUUUGUGAUUAUGACAUUUGACCCUCCUGAACUGAUAUCAAGGAAUCAAAUUAUUCGAGAAUCGAUGGGGAAGCAUGUUAUUGUGAGAAAUAUGUUGCUUGAAAUGUUAAUUGAUUUACAAGUAACAAUAAAAUCAGAAGAGCUUCUUGAGCAGUGGCACAAGAUUGUUUCAUCCAAACUGAUAACUUAUUUUCUUGAUGAAGCUGUUCACACUACAAGUAUGAGAUGGAUCAUGACUUUGCUUGGUGUGUGUCUUGACUCUUCUCCUACAUUUGCACUUAAAUUUCGGACUAGUGGAGGCUAUCAAGGUUUGGCAAGGGUGCUUCCAAGUUUCUAUGAUUCCCCUGAUAUCUACUACAUUCUUUUUUGUCUGAUUUUUGACAAGCCCGUUUAUCCAAGAUUACCUGAAGUCCGUAUGCUGGAUUUCCAUGCCCUUAUGCCAAAUGAUGGCAAUUAUGGAGAACUGAAAUUUGUGGAACUGUUGGAUUCGGUGAUUGCUAUGGCAAAAUCCACUUUUCAUAGGUUGUGCAAGCAGUCGAUGCUUGCCCACCAAACUGGCAAUCUUUCUCAGGUUGCUGCUGGCCUAGUAGCAGAGCUUGCAGAAGAUAAUGCGGAUAUGGCUGGAGAACUUCAGGGUGAAGCUCUUAUGCAUAAGACCUAUGCAGCACGUUUAAUGGGUGGAGAGGCUUCAGCUCCUGCUGCUGCAACUUCAGUCCUAAGAUUCAUGGUUGAUCUGGCGAAAAUGUGUCCCCCUUUCUCUGCUGUUUGCAGACGUGCAGAAUUUCUUGAAAGCUGUAUUGAUCUUUACUUUUCAUGUGUCAGGGCUGCUUUUGCAGUGAAGAUGGCAAAAGGACUUUCUGUAAAGACAGAAGAAAAGAGUGCAACUGAUAGUGAUGAUAGCAAUAGCUCACAGAAUACAUUCUCUAGCUGUCCUCAGGAACAGGAACAGUCUGUUAAAACCUCCAUAAGCAUUGGAAGCUUCCCUCAGGGGCAGGUCAGCUCAAGUUCUGAGGAUAUGCCUGUGCCUCUAAAUAAUAUGCCUAGUGACAAAAUGGAGACAGGUGUUACUAUGCCCAAGUCGGAACCGGACAAGCAAGCACAAGCUCAGGAUAAUAUGCAAGCUGUUAUGAGUUUAGAUGGUGAACCUGUUGAGCAGGUGUCCUCUGCCACUUCCAGCACUAGUGAGCUCAGUUUCAGAGAUAUUAAAGGAACCCCUGAUGCCAUUCACCAGGCUGGUUCACAAAGUUCUGCAUCUUUAACCAUAUUCGAUUCUCCCAUUUUGUCAGAGAUAUCUAAUUCCAGGAUCCAACUGCCACCCCCUUCAUCCCCAGUUGUUGCAUUGACAUCAUGGUUGAGUAGCUCCAGUUACAAUGAAUCAAAAGCUCAACCUGUUGCCACCCCUUCCAUCGAAUCUUCUCAAUCUAUGAGUGAACAUGAUCCAUCUUCAGAUUUGAGGUCUGGUUCUCAAGGAUCAAGUGCUGCAAAUACAUUUUUUACAGUUAGUGCGAUGCUUCUUUUGGAAGUGGAUGAUUCUGGCUAUGGGGGUGGUCCUUGUUCUGCAGGAGCUACUGCUGUUUUAGAUUUUAUGGCAGAAGUCCUUUCUGAGUUUGUGACUGAGCAGAUAAAAGCUACACAAGUCAUAGAGAAUAUUUUGGAAAGUGUUCCUUUAUAUGUUGAUGCUGAAUCCAUGUUAGUUUUCCAGGGACUGUGCCUAAGUAGGCUGAUGAACUUUCUUGAGAGGCGUCUCCUACGUGAUGAUGAGGAAGAUGAUGAGAGAAGGCUAGAUAAGAGCCGCUGGUCCUCGAACUUAGAUGCAUUGUGUUGGAUGAUUGUGGAUCGUGCCUAUAUGGGUGCUUUUCCUCAGCCAGCUGGUGUUCUAAGAACUCUGGAGUUCUUGUUUUCUAUGUUGCAGUUGGCAAACAAAGAUGGUCGGGUUGAAGAAACAACUCCUACUGUAAAAGGAUUAUUAUCUAUUGCUAGAGGAAACAGGCAGCUUGAUGCUUAUAUAUAUGCGAUUCUGAAAAAUAUGAAUCGUAUGAUAUUGUACUGUUUCCUUCCUACAUUCUUGGUCACCAUAGGUGAGGAGAACAUUCUGUCAUCCACAGGAAUGCAAAUUGAACAGAAGAAGAGAUUCCUUCACAACCUUCCAGAAGAAGAUACAGGGGCUGAUAUAUGCACUAUUUUGCAGUUACUAGUUGCUCAUAAGCGAAUUAUAUUCUGUCCCAGCAAUACUGACACAGAUCUAAAUUGCUGUCUUUGUAUAAAUUUAAUCUCUCUUCUCCGUGACAAAAGGCGAAAUGUGCAGAACAUGGCAGUUGAUGUUCUCAAGUAUCUUCUGGUGCAUCGCAGGGCUGCCCUGGAAGAGCUACUUGUCUCCAAACCAAACCAAGGACCACAUCUGGAUAUUCUACAUGGUGGUUUUGAUGGAUUGUUAACUGGAAAUUUAUCUGCUUUCUUUGAAUGGUUUCAUAGUUCUGAGCAAGUUGUCAAUAAAGUAUUAGAACAGUGUGCUGCUAUUAUGUGGGUUCAGUACAUUAGUGGAUCAACAAAGUUUCCUGGAGUGCGGAUAAAAGGGAUGGAUGCCCGUCGCAAGAGAGAAAUGGGAAGAAAGUCACGAGAUAACUCAAAGUUAGACCAGAGACAUUGGGAACAGGUAAAUGAACGCAGAUAUGCACUUGAUAUGGUUCGUGAUGAAAUGUCAACUGAACUGAGAGUGGUUCGUCAAGAUAAGUAUGGGUGGGUACUUCACGCUGAAAGUGAGUGGCAAACACAUCUUCAACAACUUGUACAUGAGCGAGGAAUAUUUCCUAUGUCCAAAUCCUCAGUGAAUGAAGAUCUAGAAUGGCAGCUUUGUCCCAUUGAAGGUCCAUAUAGAAUGCGAAAAAAACUGGAGAGGUGCAAAUUGAAGAUUGAUACGAUCCAGAAUGUUCUGAAUGGACAAUUUGAAUUGGGGGAACUUGAGCUUCCAAAAGAGAAAAAUGAAAAUGAGUUUGAUGCUUCUGAUGCUGAAUCUGAUUUGUUUUUCAAUCUCUUUGUGGAUAAUGGAAAACAAGAUUCUUUUGAUGAUGAACUCUAUGGUGGAUCAGUUUUUAAGAAAUCUGAUGAUGCCAGAGACAUCGCUUCUAGUAGGGCUGGGUGGAAUGAUGACCAUGCCAGUAGCAUAAAUGAAGCAAGUCUUCAUUCAGCUCCUGAAUUUGGUGGCAAGUCCACUUCAGAAUCUAUCCCACAAGCGGAGAGCAUGCAAGAAAAGUCCGAUUUAGGAUCUCCAAGGCAGUAUUCUUCAGUGAGAGUUGAUGAAAUGAGAGUGCCGGAUGAUAAAGUAGAUAAGGAACUAAAUGAUAAUGGUGAAUACUUAAUUAGACCAUAUUUGGAGCCUCUUGAAAGGAUAAAAUUUAAAUACAACUGUGAAAGGGUGGUAGGUCUUGAUAAACAUGAUGGUAUAUUUCUGAUUGGUGAACUUUCCCUGUAUGUUAUUGAGAAUUUUUUUAUAGAUGAUUCUGGGUGCAUAUGUGAAAAGGAAUGUGAAGACGAACUGUCUGUUAUUGAUCAGGCCUUGGGUGUAAAGAAGGAUUUCUCUUGUAGUAUGGAUUCUCAGUCCAAGUCAACUUCUUCCUGGGGUGUGACAGUAAAGGCAUAUGUUGGAGGAAGGGCAUGGGCUUAUAAUGGUGGGGCAUGGGGAAAAGAAAAGGUGUGUUCUAGUGGUAAUGUACCACAUCCUUGGCGGAUGUGGAAGCUUAAUAGUGUUCAUGAAAUUUUGAAACGUGAUUACCAGCUGCGGCCUGUUGCCAUUGAAUUAUUCAGCAUGGAUGGAUGCAAUGACCUACUGGUUUUCCACAAAAAAGAGAGGGAAGAAGUUUUCAAAAAUUUGGUGGCCAUGAAUUUGCCAAGAAACAGCAUGUUGGACACUACCAUUUCUGGGUCAAUGAAGCAAGAUAGCAAUGAGGGUAGCCGUCUUUUUAAGAGUAUGGCAAAAUCAUUUUCCAAGAGGUGGCAAAAUGGAGAAAUUAGCAAUUUCCAGUACCUCAUGCACCUCAACACUCUUGCAGGGCGCGGAUACAGUGAUCUAACUCAAUAUCCAGUCUUUCCUUGGAUCCUUGCAGAUUAUGACAGUGAUGAACUGAACUUGUCAGAUCCCAAGACAUUCCGUAGACUUGACAAGCCGAUGGGUUGUCAAACAGUAGAGGGGCAGGAGGAAUUCAGGAAAAGGUAUGAGAGCUGGGAUGAUCCAGAGGUUCCGAAAUUUCACUAUGGUUCUCAUUACUCUAGCGCUGGGAUAGUUCUCUUCUAUCUUAUACGCCUCCCACCAUUUAGUUUGGAGAAUCAGAAGCUGCAGGGUGGACAGUUUGACCAUGCUGAUCGUCUUUUCAAUAGCAUACGAGAAACAUGGUUAAGUGCUGCUGGUAAGGGCAACACAUCUGACGUAAAGGAAUUGAUUCCAGAAUUCUUCUAUAUGCCAGAGUUCCUUGGAAAUCGGUUUGAUCUUGAUUUGGGAGAGAAGCAAUCUGGAGAAAAGGUUGGUGAUGUUGUAUUACCUCCUUGGGCCAAAGGCAGUGCUAGAGAGUUCAUCAGGAGGCAUAGGGAAGCGCUGGAAUCUGAUUAUGUUUCAGAAAAUCUUCAUCAUUGGAUUGACCUGAUCUUUGGAUAUAAACAGAGGGGGAAGGCUGCUGAGGAAGCUGUGAAUGUUUUCUAUCAUUAUACAUAUGAAGGGAGUGUUGAUAUAGACUCGGUCACAGAUCCUGCAAUGAAAGCCUCGAUUCUAGCACAAAUUAAUCACUUUGGGCAAACCCCAAAGCAACUAUUCCUCAAACCACAUGUCAAAAGGCGUGUUGACAGAAAGCUUCCUCCUCAUCCACUCAAACAUUCUAGUCAUCUCAGUCCACAUGAGAUUCGCAAGAGCUCAUCCUCCAUAUCUCAGAUUGUUACCUUCAAUGAUAAGAUUCUUGUUGCGGGAACAAAUAACUUGGUAAAACCCAGAACAUGUACCAAAUAUGUUGCUUGGGGAUUCCCUGAUCGGAGCUUGAGAUUUAUGAGUUAUGAUCAAGACAGACUCCUUUCUACUCAUGAGAAUCUUCAUGGGGGAAACCAGAUCCAAUGUGCUGGUGUCAGUCAUGAUGGUCAGACUCUGGUUACUGGGGCUGAUGAUAGUUUGGUUUGUGUUUGGAGUAUUAGUAAGGACGGGCCACGUGUCCUGCGACGCCUCGAGUUGGAGAAGGCACUUUGUGCCCAUACAGGCAGAAUCACUUGCCUUCGCGUUUGCCAGCCGUAUAUGAUGAUUGUUAGUGGAUCUGAUGACUGUACCGUCAUUUUAUGGGAUCUGAGCUCUCUGGUUUUUGUUAGGCAGCUUCCUGAGUUCCCAUCCCCAAUUUCAGCAAUAUAUGUUAAUGACUUAACUGGGGACAUUGUGACAGCGGCUGGAGUUAUGCUUGCUGUGUGGAGCAUCAACGGGGACUGCCUUGCAGUGGUCAACACAUCCCAACUUCCAUCUGAUUUUAUUGUGUCUGUGACAAGUUGUACCUUUUCUGAUUGGCAGGAUACAAACUGGUACGUUACGGGCCAUCAGAGCGGAGCAGUGAAAGUUUGGCAAAUGGUUCACUGCUCUGAGAAGAGUAUCGCCCAGAGCAAGCCACCCAACAAUUUGGCUGGAGGAUUGGCUCUGGGCAAUAACGUACCAGAGUACAGAUUAGUCCUUCACAAGGUUUUGAAGUUUCACAAGUAUCCAGUUACUGCGCUUCAUCUUACAGCCGAUCUUAAGCAGUUGUUGAGUGGGGAUUCUAAUGGACAUUUGGUCUCGUGGACGCUUCCAGAUGAUAGCUUGAGACGUUCUCUCAAUCAUGGGUGAUAAUUAUAGUGAAAUUUUAGAUAGUCUUUGAUAUUCCAGUCAUUGUCUAAUUGGGCCAGCUAUUGAUUCUUCUAAUCAAAAGUCCGCCAGGGUUUGGGGUUGAGCCCACCAGAGUUUGGGCGAGCAUAUAGAAUGGAUCGUGCCACAGGAUCCUUGAAAAGGGUAAAGCACCGCGACAGAGCUGGCCUUGGGGAUUGAGACAGGAAAGCAAAAUGGUUGACAAGGAAGAAGAAACUGCCCGUCUGAAAAACUCAUGAUUUGUUUUGAAUCCUUCAAAAGUAAGAGACUUCCCCCUUAUCCGAUAAAGCAUACAUCUCGAGGAGGAGGAGGAGGAGGACUAGUGCUUGUGUUGAAAUCUAAAAGGUUGAUGGAGAGGUUCCUGGUUUUGAAGGGGAAAGCCGAGGCACUGGAUUUUGUUGUAUAUAGAAAGGUAAAACAACUACUGUGUGUAGUAAUGAAGUUGUAUAGAGAGAGAGAGAGAGAGAGAGAGAGAGAGAGUAAUGGAACACUUGGUGAAGCUUCGAUUGCAGCCAAACUAGUCAAGUUGGGUUCCUUUGGGCUUUAGAUAGAUUCAUUUUGCAGUAGUGCCAUUGGGCCACUGCUGCUGAUUCUUUUUCUGUUCUUUUCUUUCUUUCUUUCUUUUUUGUUUUUUGUGUUGUUUUAGUGGAAUGUAUUGUACAUCACCAUCACUUCGUUCUUAUCUUCACUACAUAUGAUGGUCUCCGACAUGUAUUAGUUUUUUUUGGUCUGGGCUGGGGAUGUUACGUUGGUGGUGUUCGUCUAUUACCACUGGAACACAUGAGAAAUUGACUUUCCCAAAAUAGUUGGUUGCUCUAGUCUCCAUCCAUGGUUCUGCUUUCUUGUUGAUUGCAGCUUUUGCAUGACUGCACUUUACUGCCAUUCUCGUGCACCGACUGAGCUACUUCAAUGUGGGGGCAAAUAUAUUAAUUAUUAUAAAGCUUCGUAAUUGCAAGUU